AUGACAAAAGACGCCGUUCGAAUUCUUGUUACUGGUGCUGCUGGGCAAAUAGGCUAUGCUAUUGUUCCAAUGAUUGCUAGGGGCGCCAUGCUCGGUCCUGAUCAGCCUGUAAUUCUGCACAUGCUUGAUAUUCCUCCUGCAGCUGAGUCCUUGGCUGGGGUGAAAAUGGAAUUGAUCGAUGCUGCCUUUCCUCUUCUCAAAGGUGUUGUGGCUACAACAGAUGUUGAGGAAGCUUGUGAAGGUGUCAACAUUGCAGUUAUGGUUGGUGGAUUCCCAAGGAAGGAAGGUAUGGAAAGAAAGGAUGUAAUGUCAAAAAAUGUGUCCAUCUACAAGGCUCAAGCUUCAGCAUUGGAGAAGUAUGCUGCUGCAGAUUGCAAGGUUCUGGUGGUUGCCAACCCAGCAAACACCAAUGCACUCAUCUUGAAAGAAUUUGCCCCCAAAAUCCCAGAGAAAAACAUCACAUGCAUGACACGACUUGAUCAUAACCGAGCAUUGGGGCAAAUCUCUGAGAAGCUAAAUGUUCAUGUUGGUGAUGUGAAGAAUGUUAUCAUCUGGGGAAAUCACUCUUCAACUCAGUAUCCUGAUGUCAAUCAUGCAACCGUUGGGGGCAAAACUGUCAGAGAAGCUGUGGGAGAUGAUCAAUGGUUGAAUACCAAGUUCAUCACCAUUGUUCAGCAGCGCGGUGCAGCCAUUAUUAAGGCUCGGAAACUAUCAAGCGCUUUGUCUGCUGCGAAUUCUGCCUGUGAUCACAUACGUGAUUGGGUUGUUGGGACUCCUAAGGGGACACAUGUUUCCAUGGGUGUGUAUUCUGAUGGUUCUUAUGGAAUCCAGAAAGGCCUCAUGUACUCUUUCCCUGUUACCUGUGAGAAAGGGGAAUGGAAAAUUGUGCAGGGACUCAAGAUUGACGAGUUCUCGAGGACAAAGAUGGAUGCAACUGCACAAGAGCUCAUUGAGGAGAAAGCGUUGGCCUAUACAUGUCUCCAGUGAUAAUGAACUUCCUUUCUAAUUCAGAUAAUAUUGUUAGGAGCUUAAUAAUCCAUCAGAGAAUGGAAGAUCACAAAUUGUUGUCCUUGUAGUUCUAGGCAGGGCAUAUGGUUUGUUUUCCUUAGUUAAUGUUCUUGGGUUGAAAAUGUUCAUCAUAACACCUGUAUGGUGCCCAAGGAGAAAUUUAUAUUAGUUUGAACUGAUUGAAUCUUAUUUUCUAUCAAUGAAAAAUUAGUUUUAUUCUUUCCGAUCUUGAGGAAAUGAUUA